GAAAAAAUUACAUCUAUCUUGACGGAAUCCGAGAACAAAGAAAAUGAAACAGGCAGUUUGAGAACUUUCCUUUCACCAAACUCUUUUACUACUCAUUCUUUGAUCAAUACAUUUGUGUUCUAUGUCAAACUUCUUAAAACCAUAGAAAAGAAGUCAAAAAUUGAAGAGUGAAACAAUACAUAAUGGGGAAUAAUGAGAUUCGAAUAUCCAAACCCAUUAUUAAGGGAGAUUCAAUUCAUUCAAUUAUGGAUGGUCCACCAAACGAUACAUUUGCAACUUCUCCAAAGGAGAGUAGUACCAAAUCGGUAGCUUCAAAAAAAUCAAGGCAAUGGAAGUUGAAAAAUGAUGAUCUACAUUCAAAUUGGUCGCUUACUUCAUCGUUUCUAAGCAUUGAAGACAGAAAUUCUGUUCCUUCAAUGAGUAGCUUAGAAAAGACUCAAAAGAACAACGUCACCGACUCAAGAAUCCUUGAUGCCGUAGAUAUUCACCAAAAGUGUCCAAAUGAUCCUAAUUUGGUUGAUGAGCUAUUUUUAGAAGUGGUUACUACUUUAAAGAAAGAGAACCAGGAAUCGUACUCUUCCUUCUUUUGGGACCCGAAGAUAACCCUGUCUAUGGAAAAUAAAUGGGCAUUUAUCACGAAUUACCUUAUUAAAAAGGAUAAAGUACUCGCUGUUAAGCGAAACGAGUCUGAGACUACAACGAAGUGUUCAGUCGCAUCUUACAUUGAGAAGCUCUUAGAUAAAAUGCCAAAGUGCAAGCAUGUAGAGUCCCUAGUAGUCGCUCUUCGCACUGAAUCUGUUACUUGGGUUCGUACUUUUUUUAUGAUGGAUGGCCAAGAUCUUUUACUUAAGCUUUUGGGUGACUUUCGGGAUACAAGAUACCCCAAAAUAACAGAUGCUAAUUUGGAGUUAGCCGUUUUAAAAUGUCUCCGUUGUUUGAUGAAUCAUGAAGAAGGCGUCCUUUUCUAUAUAGAUAAAGAGUACAUGAUAGAGCCCAUUCUACUAUGUCUAUUGAAACCUAAGUUAUCCAUCCGCAAAAUAUCCGCCGAAAUAUUGACCUUUUUGUGUUACUGGAACAAUCCGACAGGUGUGAACAUAGUCUUACGAGGUAUUGAAUUAUUGUCGUUGAAAAGUAAAAAUUCCCUAAAUAUUAUACCCCUUUGGCUGCAUCAUUGGGAGGUUGCAAUUGAUAACAGAGGAAAGCUUGGAAGUCUUGUUGGUGCUGGAAAAGACGCCCGUGAAGAAGGGAUCCGGUAUAACCAGAUGGUCCUUGAGUAUUGUGUUUCUCAAAUGUUGCUCAUUAAUGCGCUCUUGGAAAACUUUACUACGAGGGAAAUGCUGUGCCGAUUCAAUCAAACGAUUAAAGAUUCUCGGUUUCAACCUAUCCUUGAAAAGAUGAGUACCAUAAGGAAUCAGGAUAUAGAGAGACAGGUACGAAAGUAUUACUAUGUUAUUGAAAAUGCUUUUUCUGAUUUGAAACCUCCAUCAAAUGAGCGUGAUUUAGGCUCUUCUGUGCUUAAAAUAUUUGACAAUGAAGACCUGAAUGGUCUUCUCAAACAGUUCCUUAAACAUUUUUUCAAACUAGUGAAAACUAACAAAGCUCCUUCUCGAAUAAUUAAACUUCUGGACUGCUAUAUUUUAAGUCUUCAACCAAUUUUUGAAAGCACCUUUGCUUCUGAAGUUGAUAAACUACAUGAAGAAAUGACUUCUGAUAGCUUUUCUCAUAGGAAUCAUGCUAAUUUUUCUACAACUAAUCGAACUUCGAAACAUCAUCGAGCUAGCGAAAGUGAAAUUGCAACGCCAGAUGCUGUGGAUGCUCCUGGUUAUGGUGCAAUUUCGUCGGCCAUAGGAAAGAGUUUCAAGGAAAUGGAAAGAAGUUAUGAUAAUCUGAAAAAAGGUUAUGAAGCAGACUUAACUUCGAUAGCGGAUUCUUUAAGUACAUUAUUUCCUGACAAAUUCUCAUGUCUUCAUGGCAAUGAGAACAACGUCGUUUCGAUAUUAAAAAAGAUGGCCGAAGAUGAAAACAUAGGAAAAUCUACUACUUUGAAUGAAAAUUCCAUGAAUUCAUCAGAACGGAUAGAAGGACAAGAAACCGUCGGCGACCUGACAGGAAUAGAUUAUUCGAAGAAGAAAGAGCUUGGACCAAAUGAUGACUUAAUAAAGCAGAGAAAAGAAUCUACCAAUCAUUCAGGCAUCUUGAACCCCAUUUUGCGUGCAACUUCUAAACAGACAAGGUCACUGCAAGGCAAUCGAUCUAGCAAAUGUAUGGGCUCAGGUAAAGGUAUUGAUUUAUCAAAGGCAAAUUCUAUUGCCUUUAAAGCCGAGCCUGUAUCCGCUGUGUCUAUUCAAUCGUUUGACGUUCACAUGAAUAUAAACGAGGGUUGUAGUGGCGUCAGUGAUAAAGCGGAAAGCCUAAGUCCUAUAGUUUAUUUCCGCCGAAGUCCAGAUGUUGGCAAACUCUGUUCAAGUGAGAUUGAAGAAUUAUCCGAAGAGCCAAAGGACAUGAGUACUUUGAAUGCUUCAUCAAACCAGCUAGAGCAAAGUCAAAAUGAAGCAAUUUCUGCUCCGCCUAUCGCUCCACCAGCUCCUCCUUUACCUCCGGCGCAGAUCCCUCAAGUAAAUGGUGAUACUAAACCUUCUAUGACUAAUACCUUGAAGAUUCCUGACGAUUUUAAUUCUAAAGAGAUUACUACGAAAGAUAUAUUUAAUGGUGCAGUUGAGAAUAACAGUCUAGCAGGAAAAGAAAUGCCACACUGGAAGUUAUAUUAUUCCCCCUCGAAACGACUUAAACAAUUGCACUGGAAAAAUUUAGAGGUACCGGUCGAGCGUACUCUAUGGAAUAGACCUUUAGCUGAUCCUUUCGUUUUAAGUAUCAAGCUGAAUUGUGAUGGUAUUUUGAAUAACCUUGAAACUUGCUUUGCCAUGAGAGAAGCCAAAAAGUUUAAGAAAAAAGAUUCCACUAGUAAUGGAUUUAUGCCUCCUGAUUUACAGCAGUAUUUUGGCAUUCGAUUGCAUAGAUUUGUUUGCUUGUCUUCAUUUGAGAUUGCUUCCAAGUUUUAUUACUGCGAUUCUGACAUAUUGGAAUUGAUUGAUUUCUUUGUGGAUAGAAAAUUGUUCUUCCAAGAUUCAUUGAAGAAAAAUCUCUCUACUUUCCGUACAACUUGGAACAAUGGAGUGCCUAAUUAUAAUAGGGGUUUGCUUGAGCUCACAAAAUGGGAGCAAGUAUACGUGCUUUUGAUUAUUGACACUGAGAGUUAUUAUGAAAAGAGGAUGAAAUCUUUGAAAGUCAUGUCUCUACUUGAUCAAAAUCAUCGCGACUUACAAAGGCAAAUAAGGAAAAUUCAUUGCACUUUACUUGAUAUUAAGACGAGUACGAAUUUCAAGUAUCUACUAAACCUGAUUUUGCUUCUUGGAAACUAUAUGAAUGACACUCCCAGGCAGAGACAAGGAUUCAAAAUCGAUAGUCUGCAGCGGUUAAGCAUGAUAAAGAAUGAAGAAAACGGCUUGACAUUACUACAUACCGUCGAAGGUAUCAUUCGCAAAUGUUUUCCUGAGCUAGAAGAAUUUCUUCAUGAUUUGGCAAAUGUUCCGGAAGUUGUGAAAGUCAAUUUCGAUCAACUAGAACAAGACUGUUUAAGCCUUGGCCAAUUAGUUAAAGAAACAGAGGAAGAUUUUUCUGAAAAAGGCGAAUUGUCAGGAACGAAAGCACUGCAUCCCGAUGAUCGCAUACGUGAGAUAAUUACUCCAUGGAUACCAUCAGCGAAAGGUAUAACGGAAAAAUUAAAGUCAGAUCUCAUGUCAAUGAAAGAGACUUUUGAGUGUACUUUGACAAUGUUUGGUGAAAACUCUGAUAGCCUUGCUUCCGGAAGCUACUUCUUUGAAAGUCUUCAUGAAUUUUUGAAGGAAUACAAUAAAGUUAAACAAGCCAAUCUGAAGUUUGAAGAAGAGGAACGAAUUGCUCAUGUACGAUUAAAAGCUUUGGAAGCAACAGGUAAAAAAGACUUGAUGCAAAGUACUUUACAAGAAACUAUUAAAGAUGAGAAUGCUGUCAUGGAUAAUCUCUUGAAAAAGUUGAAACAGGGAAAGUGUGAUGUAUCACGUCUUGUUGACUAUGAGGAAGAGCUUUUAGCUUUAGAUUUUCCUAAAGAUGGAAAUGAAGCUAACUCCGAUUCAAAUGAAUCAAUGAAUUCGCAUAUUAAACGCCCGAAGACGGUUGUUUUGAAAGCUCAAAACAUGCUGAAACAAUUAAAAUAAUCUGAUGACACCUAAUGACUAAACGAUUGAAUACGAAUAAUAAUUAUGGAUGAUAUGGUCCCAAAAAGGAUAUAUAGACUGAACUAGACUAAUAAUAUAGACGCUUGUGACAUGGAUAUGGAAUAUACUUGGUAAUUAAUUAUGGUUCAUU